ACAAUACCCCGCGACAAUCGGUAGUCAAACACGCCUUUGGACUGACGUGCAGAUAGUGAUAGAAAGAAAACCGAACUAUGAGCGAGAAGAAGAAGCCGCGGGCUAUGUCCAUCACCAAGGGCCUCGGUGUGCCAUCCGCCAACGACUCGGGGAUGGGGGGCAGGAAGAAAUCCCUGUCCCGUGUCAGUAGCAGUGUUUCACAGUCCGACGCAGGGCGGGGGAGAGGAAAAAAGAAGAAGCAUGCACUUUUGGAAGAAGAGCCCGCCACGCCUGAACAAGUCAAGAAGGCGAUGAGGGAUCAGAUGCUGGCUCAAUUGAAGGCUGCCCCUGGCUUGGAUAAGCUGAGAAAAGAGAUGAUCCAGCACGAUGUGUUGCGGGAGAAGAAGGCGAAAUUGGUCAGGUUCACAGUGAGGAGGAUCAACCCCAACUACAGGAAGAGGAUGUCGGUGGCGGUGGCGGUGCCAGCCCCGAGUGACGUCAAGGCGGUCCCACUCACGUUGCCAGCGCAUGAGGGUCCCCGGCUUGAUAAAAGUGGGCGUGUCGUACCGCACAGCAUUCUGGGAAGUGUGGAGAUGUAUAUUGCGGAAGCGCAGAGGCGGGGAGUGGCGCACGUGGUGACGUCGAAUAAGCCGCUUGUCCGGUUCACGUCCGAGGCACCAAAGGUCAUCCCUGCCAACAGAUACCACCUCAUCAAGCCCCGACCUCUUCCGAAUGUAGAAGAGGUUCGCGCGCAGCAGUACUGGCGAGACAUGCUGGUUGACAGAGAACGCCAGAGGGCAAAUAUCAUUGCGAUCACAGGAAGGGAGCCCUCGGAAGUGAUCAUGGGAGACUCCAGGACCUGCAGCAAGCGGAGAUUGUUGCGAUGGGAGGGAACCCUUGAUGGCGUACUGGCGACAGGAACCAGAGGAACAGGAUUCUGGGGGCAGCCGGAUGUUCUGGGAGAUGAGGAUAUGGGGCUUUUCACAAGCCUCACCCGGUCACAGAGAGGAUACAGGCGGGUGACCGACUUCCCGAGUGUGUCGGAAGCUAUGCAAAGGGAGAACGGUUGCGUCCCGCCCAAGACCAACAGAAUCACGCUCGAUCCUAUCCCCAAUGUCCCAAGGUUUCAGGAGAUCUGUACAACAGGUCGUGGAUUUCACACCACCACUAAAGUUGAGUGCGGAACACAGACAAGUCAUUACAGUCCACCACCUCCACAAGCACCGAUUACGCAAGCGACAGCGAAAUCUUUCCCAAGUCUUAGAUUUGCCGGCCAUAGUGUCACGUGGUGCGAUGACGUCAUCGAGGGGACUGUUGUGAAGGCUGAAAUGGGGUUAGAGUGUUUUGCUGGAGACAGAGAUGACUCCACUCUCGAAGUGACCAAUACUGGUCAAACAGCUGUCGCUUAUGACUGGAAGAGGCUGCCAGGGGAGGACCCCUUCUGUUUAAAGAGGGACGCGGUCCAGAGGUUUUAUUUUGAUCAUAGCUAUGGUAUUAUACUGCCGGGCGAGACGAAGCACAUAGCUACCUCCUUCAAGAGUCCCGGGCCUGGAGUGUACACGGAGGCGUGGGGGUUCGAGACCACCCCCAGGCUGUGUGGGGGAGGGCGUGUCCUCCUGACUAUCUGGGGCAUCGCCAGGGACAGGGACGUCAACAGGCACGAGAGACACACCAUUGAGAAACGUCUCUCGCACAACCAGGCAGUAUCAGUCUGUCAGCGCAUCCUUCACGAGGUCAUCAGCUGCAUAAAUAGUCUGACACCGGAAGAGAGCAAUAGGCGCCGGAAGUCCUACACAUGGGUGUUUGAGGAUGCGCCAAGAGUAAAUGAUCACUUCGAGGCUUUGAACCCUGGGUUCUUCUAUCACAGCCAUGUUGUAAGGGACCUGCUACUGUUGAACCCUGACUCUGGCCAAGGGGAGUCGGAGUCCGACGUGUCCAGUGAUAUGGAAACAGUGCACAUAGUCUCAUUGGCUACACUAAAGAAGAACCUAGAGGACCUCCCAGAAGAUAACACAGAGAGGAAUGGCCUUCUGAACAGGUUCACCAAGUCGGUCAACAAACUGACAUUCUCCGUUCAGAGACCAGUAUCUGCAGAGGGAUUCUACUUUUGCCGCUGCCUUUGGAGUAUGACAAUAGAUGACAUGGUGACGCGCUCCCUCCGACUCAGAGACAAGCUGGGUAUAUCAUCAGAGGAAAACAUGCCGGAAGUGAUGGUUGGUCGCAUCAAGAGCCUAAGCAAACUUAUCAAGGGAAAAAGAAAAAUCAUGGGUCAAGAUGCACCAGAGGAAAAACCAUCAGCCAAAGAAAAGCCAGCAGCCGUGUCUUCACAGAAUCGUCGGAAGUCGAUCCCAGCCAAAUCUGUCACACAACAAACUGCUAUCUCAAAGGCCAAAGAACAGGUCCAGCAGGUCCAGCAGGUCAAACAGGUCCAGCAGGUCCAGCAGGUCGAGCAGGUCAAGCAGGUCCAGCAGGUCAAACAGGUCCAGCAGGUCGAGGUGGUCCAGCAGUUCAAACGUCACCGCCGCCGCUACAAGAAAUACAGAGAGAAGCUUCAUUGUGAGAUGUACGGCCUCCUUGUAAAUAUGGCUGACCGAUUGGGCGGGUACCUGUCCAGUCUGGACGCACCCCGAACCAGCGUCCUCAAGACGUAGGAUGGACUCUCCCAUUGACCAAUACACUUUGGACCUCUGCCGCCAUCAUUAAGAUCAUCACUAUUCAUGCAUUAAACAAGUCAGAGCCAUAAUUAUUCCUUUUUCGACAUUCAUUUUCUCACUGAUACUUUCUUAAGCAUUAACACUUUUAUGGAUAUUGUCAGAAUAGUAUUGUUGAAUGCAUGUAUUUCAUAUUGGUUUCGUUAUUAGUGUAAAAGUAAAUGGGAUAUUUACCCUGAUGGAAGAACAUGUUGAUUUUGUGAUGUUACAGUGUCAACCAUUAUGCAUAUCUUGAACAGUCAAUGUGUAAAAUGACUGAACUUUUCACAUAGGCAAUUUAUAAAACGCCUAACUAUUUAAUAAAAUAAUUCCAAACUUUUUUAUGUCGAUUUUUAUCAUCCAGUGACUGAAAAGGGUUAAGAUUAAAAUGAAACGAAAGUCAAUGUAUAUUUUUCCAAACCUUGUCUCUAAUCCUAGCAAAAUAAGUCGAUUGUGAUGAUUGAACUUCUUAAUAAUUGACAGUCAAUCAGUUAAAUAAAUGGACUGAUUUUUCAGUUAGUAUGUAAAUUGAGGACGCCUAAGUUUUUUACACAUUUUACACAUUGACUGUAACAUUUCCAUAAGCUUAUUUUUUCAAAGUCUUUAACUUAAACCAUGUAUUUCACAUGUAAAAUAAUAUAAUGUCAUAAUUCAAAAGCAAUACAUUAUUAAUUUAUGCAAAUUUGUUGAUAAUGCUACCAAUGUUUUAUGUUAACAAGUCAAGUUUCCUUACUGUUAUAAUAUAACUGUUUUUUAAGUCAUCAAUAAACGUCAUCACAUAGU